AUGGAAGAACUUCCCAUGGAAGUCCCGUUGCCAAGUUCCGAGCAGCUUUACAUGAAAAGUGCCCACGACGAUCUUUAUCUCGUUCAGAUUUCCUGGCCCCUGAGUUGGCAAAAUGGCCGUUUCUUCGAGGGCUCAGCUCCCAUCAUAUACAUCGUCGAUGGAAACGCCUUGUUUUUAACCGCAACCGAAGCAGCUUGGCGGCGCGCGGCGGAGUCACGCUUUGUCGGAGGCGUCGUCGUCGCCGUCGGUUACCCUCUCACCGGCAAAUUGUACGAUUCAAAGCGACGCAGCUUCGAUUUGACGCCGCCAACGGCAACUCCGAUCCCUGGAUUCGGAGGCGCGCAUCAGUUUCUUGAUUUUAUCGAAGGAGUCGUCAAACCCCAUGUCAAGACUCGAUUUCCGCACGUGUCCAUCUCGAGAGAAGCUCUCUAUGGACACUCUUAUGGGGGGGCUUCUAGCUUUGCAUACACUGUUUACGCGCACGACCUCUUUUGA